UCUCUCUGGAUGGAAUGACAUGCUUUGAAGAGAAGAGGGGACACGCUGAUAAAGCUCAACGCUCAAGAUUAAGUCAGUUUAAACGAAUGGUGACCUGACAGAGAUGGCCAGUUCAGGAGUGUGUUGUUCCAGCCUGGAGGAACCCAAGGCCCUGAUGAAGAUGGGUCUGAGCAUGAUCCUCAUCGGUCAUGUUAACUUCCUGUUGGGAGCACUGGUGCACGGUGUGGUGCUCAGACACAUCAACCUCCACAAGCAGGCCCGGGCCAUGGAGUACGCCAUCUCUAACGUGGUGGCUCUCACGUCCGGCCUGGUGGCAAUUGUUGUUGGCAUUCUGGCUAUAGUCCUGUCUAAAAACAAGAAGAGUAGAGCCCUGACGUGGUCACUGUUCGCAGUCAGUUUGGCAGCAGCAGUCAUGGCGGCAGCUUCAGCCAUCGGGCUCUUUGUGUCUGUGGUGAGGGCCAUCAUUCAUGGCGGGCGGAGCCUCCUGACUCACUGCCGCUUCCCCGACGCCAUUGGCUACUCCAGCAUCACCAACGAGUGUCCUUUUGACCCCACGCGUAUUUAUAGUACCACUCUGAUCCUUUGGGUGCCUCUGAUUGUGACUUGUGUCAUCCAGAUGGUGUUUUCUUCCCGGUGCUUAGCUGUCUGCGUUUCAUUCCUGGGGCUGCCUUGCUGCCCAAACAGGAAGACACGCAGGGACUAUGGCAGAGCGAUCAAUGUGGUGAGACCGAUAGAGGAAGCUGCUCCCUCUCGCUAUACUGAAUCGCCAGUAGCCUUCAAUGAACCUCCAGCACGCUAUACUGAACCUCCAAGAAGCUAUCAAGAACCUCUGAGACGGACCACUGCACCUCCAAGACAGCAGUACCGACCUCCUCCCCCUCCGCAGCAUCCUCCCCGUCAGCACCGGAGUCUUCCUCCCUCGGAGAGGCGGCCUCUCCGCCAGCCGAACAGAGAAAGGUCAGGCAGAGAAAGGCCAGGAACGAGGGCUGGCAGCCAGCAAAGGGCACCGGAGGAACACCAGCUGCUGGAGAGAGGUACGCUGGAAAGGUCCAGCUUCUGGAUUUAGCCUUAUUUGACAGGCCAGAGCUUCGUGAAGAACAAGGGCUGUGAGGUUUUGUACUGCAGCUGUAGCUUCAAACAUCAUACUCACAACCCUGUGUUCUUGUCAGUACUUCAAAGCAAUGGACUCUGAGACAGAAUAUGUUUUAUUUAGCAGUGCAGUGGACCUGAGCUGAAACCUGAUGCAUAAAAUUUCUGCAGCUCAGGGGAUCUCUGCACUGUGUGUGUGGAAUCCCUGUUAUGUGAAUGUGUGUAUUUUUGUGCUUAUUCAUAUCAGGAUAAAAAGACGAAACAACCGUGGGGACAUGAUGCCAGUAGUUGCUCAUACAAGGAGUUAAUUCAGAGUUAGAAGAAUAGUUUUUUUUCUUUGGGAAAUAUGCUUACACUUACGGUUAGUUUGAGUAAGUGUAAAGACCUGAAGUUGAACUAUUGCUUUCAUGUUCGGGUUUAGACAUAACAGAGGUAGGACAUAGGGAAAUAUCCGUACAGAUAAGGAAAUGUCUCCAUAGUUGAAUCGACACAGAAUACAUGGGGGUGUGUGCCUUCAACCUGUCUUUGCUGAGGGUGGAAGUGCUGGUUUGCAUGUUUGAGUAAAUGAGAAUUGUGUGUGUGUGUGUGUGUGUGUGCUUUUUUUCCCCCUGCAGUUAGGUCAAGAAAAACUAGUUUCAUGAGAAACUAGUACUGCAAGAUUUUGUAUUUAUUGUCUAAGUAAAUAAAGUUUUUACUCAAAAUCA